CUUCUAUUCUAUGAAUUUUAUACUAAGAGCCUAUCGAGCCUAUUCAUAUUUUCGUUAUAAUAUAUCGGUUGCGAUUAUUUUGAAAUUGUACACAUUACCCGCUCCUUUAGAGCCAAAAAUAACUGAACGCGUAGGCGAAUAAUGGGCGUUUUCAAUGAAUUUGAAAAAAAAAAUGCGAGCUGUCAACGACAUAAUACAUAUAAUCUCAGUCAUUUAUGUAUGAACGGUUAUCGAACAAAUUCGCAAAAAUGACGUCCGAAAUGGUAAAAUUUACAAAACUGAGAACAGCUGUCGAUCCAAGUUUUUGGGCAAAACUUGCAGAGCUGAAGCUUGACAAGUACAAACUGGAAGAUAAAGUUCGCAUUUAUCUUUGGGGUAGUUAUAAUGUCUCAAAUACUCAAGAGCCGAGAACGAAUCCUAUGGUUUUGGACUGUACAUCUUUCAAUGAAUCAAUAGAAACAACCUCUCACGACUCAUCAAUCUCAUGUACCGGUUACUUAAUCAAUACAAAUACUUAUGAGUCCUUCAGGCAGACAAAUCCUGAAGAAUUUAUAGACUCGAUGGGCCAAAACGUUGUGUGUUCGAUAUCAGAUGGCAGAGCACUACGUGAGCCAUGGAGAUUGACUUUUUUCACCAUUUUGUCUUACGCUGAUUUGAAAAAGUACAGAUUCCAUUAUUGGGCUGCUUAUCCAACACCUUUCAGUCUGCCGGAGCUGAAUCAUGUCGAAAAGUCACGAUUCGCUGCAACCGAAUUCAGUGCAAAACAGAUGGAACAAUUCAAAGAAUCUUUCGAUUUACUGAACGGUAGAUCAAAAAGUUUCUUUACCGUUGUUGUCAACGACCAAAGUUUGAAAAUUGUUGAUAUAAAAACAGGAGUUGAACACGUAAACUCACCAAACGAAAAGGAAACUGUCUAUUUCGCUUUUUGGGAUCCGUGUAGGAAUUCCGAGCCCGGAUGGCCUCUAAGAAAUUUGCUCUGUCUACUCUUUUUGCAUGCGACUAAAUACGCCUUUGAAAAAACCAUUAAAAUUAUUUCCGUACGUGGAAGUAAUCUAGAGAGAGCGAUCGUUUUUACUAUUAAAACCAAUGAAUCCGGGGAUAGAGAUAUCGCAUUGAAAUCUAUAGUUACCGGGCGUUUCGUUGGGUGGGAAACCAAUUCGAAUGGAAAGAUGGGUCCAAACAUAGCAGAUUUGUCGGACACCAUGGAUCCGUUGAAGUUGGCCGAACGCGCAGUUUACUUCAAUCUAAAAUUAAUGAAAUGGCGUUUGGUGCCGGAAUUGAAUUUAGAAAAAAUUAGUAGUCUUCGCUGUUUGUUACUCGGGGCUGGAACCUUGGGUUGUUCAGCGGCACGUGCUUUGAUCGGAUGGGGUAUAAAGUCAUUGACUUUGGUCGACAAUGGUACGGUUUCUCACAGCAAUACAGUAAGACAAAGUUUGUACGAGCACGAAGACGCUGUCAAACGUCGUCCGAAAGCUGAAGCUGCUGCUCAAGCUCUUCGGCGAAUUUGUCCAACUUUGAACGUGCAGAGUUCAGUUUUUCAAAUACCGAUGCCGGGUCACGUGGUCGGAGAAUGUAUGAUGAAAUCGACGAUAAGGGCGAUCGAGGCUCUGGAGGAAUUAAUAAAAAAGCACGACGUUGUAUUUUUGUUGCUCGAUUCGAGGGAAGCGAGGUGGCUGCCAACUUUGAUGUGCGCGAGUUACAACAAAAUAGCGAUAAACGCGGCUCUCGGUUUCGAUUCCUAUACCGUUCAGAGACACGGAACACGCGACAGCAGCGCAGCCGCGUCGCCCGAUCUCGCCCUUCGCAAUCCUUCCGGUCGCGAUCUCGGAUGUUAUUUCUGCAACGACGUAACUCAACCUGGAAAUUCGCAAAUCGAUCGAACCCUCGAUCAGCAGUGUACCGUCAGUCGUCCCGGGCUGUCGCAAAUCGCUGCCGGUCUUGCCGUCGAAUUAUUGAUUUCACUAACCCAACAUUCCGAAGGGAUCGAGGCGCCGGCGUUUAUGGACGACAAUCGAGAGCGCUAUCAUGCGAGCGAGAAGGAAAAUUGUAUUGGCCUUUUGGGUGGCGUUCCACACACGAUUCGAGGUUCUCUGUGGAGUCACGAAAUGCGUCUAACUAUAACUCACAGGUUUCCAUCGUGUACAGCCUGUUCAGUGCCUUUGAUCGGUGAAUAUCGGAAAAGAGGAUUUUCUUUUAUUCUCGACGCUUGCAACGAGCCGAAUUAUCUCGAGAAGCUUGCCGGGCUCGAGGAUUUGUUAAAAAGGCCUGAUCUCGACGAACUCUGUUACGCACUAAGCAGCAGUUCUUCGGACGAAGAGACCGAAGCUCCCGGGGCUCCGAAGUCCUGAGAGCUCGGUAUCCCCGACCUGGCCUCUUCUGUCCUCGCUCUAAAUGUGCAAACACGCGAAUUAUUGUUCGCUCUCACCAAUUCAAGAAUUGCAUCGCGUUCACAACACUUGGCUAUUGCUAUAAAGAGGAAAGAUUUUUUUUAAAUUGACGUAAUUUUAUAAAUAGGAAUCUGAGAAGUCGUAAUGCCACGAGAAAAUUAAUGACGCGAGAAAUCACAGUACAAAAUGUUGAAAAACUAAGGAUUUUAAAUAUGUUGCGAUAAAGUGUAUUGCACUUUCCACGAGAAAUGUCAGACGUGUGUAAAGAAAAAUGUCCGUUUCCUCGGCUCGUGGAAAUUUAGUCUAACGAACUUUGAAAUUUACUUCUCUGACAAUCCACAGCCGGGAAAAUUGAUGAACUUUGGUUUUCGUAUUCAAGCAUCAUUCGAGAAAUUUUAGCUUUUUAUUAAGAAAACAAUUUGAUCGACGAUACCAUCGAUUGGCACAGCAUCGCUGGCUUUUCCCGUGCUCAAAAUGAGGCUAGCCAAAAAUUCGAUUAAA